AUGGAAAUCGAAAAUCUUCCAGUUAAUCUUUCAACAGUAACAACAUCUAUGACAUCGACAGAUAGUUUAUUAAGCUUUUCAAAUAGUAAUGAUUUUGUUAUACAAUCUCAAAAUGGUUCAGGAGCUGAUAGUUUACUUGAUAGUUCUUUGCAACUUGGUGCUGCUUUUGAAAGGCGUGAUCCUAUCUUGCAACUUGGUGCUGCUUACGAAAGGCGUGAUUCGGUCGAUUCAACAGAUCAAGCUCCAGGUUGGGCCAACGAAAUUUCCAGAGAAAUUAAACAAAAAUUGUUGGAUUUAGAACUUAAGCAAUACAAAUACGUCGUUAACGUAACGAUUAUGGAAAAUAAAGCGGCUGGUGCUAGGUUAGCUAAUUCAAAUAAAAUACAUAAUGAUCUUUUGGUGGUAGUUGAAUUGUUUCGAUGGUGUGAAUAG